AUGGCCAACUCCACUGAGGAGUACGGUGACUACUACUACUACAACGGCGGUGACGAUGGGAGCCACUCCUGCCAACCGCCCCCGGGGGCCGGGGACUUCCUGUGCACCGCCUACUCCCUCACCUUCGCCCUGGGCCUCCCGGCCAACCUGCUGCUGCUGCUGGUGGCCGGGGCCCAGGCCUGGCAGAGGGGCCCCGGGGCGGCCCCGGGCCCCUUCGUGCCAGCCCUGGCCCUGGCCGACCUGAUCCUGGUGCUCCCGCUGCCGCUCUGGGCUGACACCUGGCGGCGGGAGGGGAGCUGGCGCUUCAGCGAGGAGGCCUGCCGGGCCGGGGCCUACCUGGCGGCGGCCGGGGCCCACGCCAGCGUCCUGCUGCUGGCCCUGACCAGCCUGGAGCGGCUGCUAGCCGCCGCCCGUCCCGGGACCCACGGCCGGCUCCGGCCCCGCUCCCGGGCCCUGCUGCUGGCCCUGUGGGUCUGGGCCACAGCCCUGAUCCUGGCCAUGCCCGUGCUCUGGCGUCGCGGCCUGGAGGCCCCGUCCAGCCAGCAGGGGGCCACCUACUGCACCGAGACGGGGACCCUCCCCCCGGGCCUCUCGCUGGCCUACUGGGCCGGGACCUUCGCACUGCCCCUGGGCCUGAUCCUGGCCUGCAACUGGGAGGUGGGCCGCCGGCUGAGGGGGGGGCCCCUGCAGAGGCGGCGGAGGGACCGGAGGAUGCGGCGGUCGGUGGCCCUGGUGCGGGCGGUGGCGGCUGCAUUUGCUGCCUGCUGGCUGCCCUUUCGGGCACUGCAGGCCGCGGGCCUGGCUAACCGCUGGCGGGGCGGGGCCCCAAGCUGCAGCCUGUGCUGGGCCCAGGAGGUGACGGCCCCCCUAGCCUUCGCCAGUGCCGUGGCCAACCCCACCGUCUACCUGCUGUGCGCCGAGUGGCCACGCCGGACGCUGGGCUGCCUGCUGGCGAGGCGGGGGUCGGCCGAGGCCACGGGCACCCUCCACACCUCCUCCGUCACAUUGGGCUGA